UCUCUGGCGCCGUGCCAUCAAAGUUAAAACUUUUUUUUUGUAAUUAGCAAUAUUUACAAAGUUGCGACUAACCGUGUUGCUACUGCUAUUGCUAAAUUGAAUUAGCGCGUGGCUGGAACUGCGGCGGCGGCGCGCAAACUAUUUAAAAUCAGCGUCGCGUGAGUCAAAGAGCUGACGUCAGAAUGCAAAAACCAUUCAACUUCAAACUGUUGGUGCCCCCAAGAGCUCAUUUGAAUCAGGUGUCUGCAGUGAGGCCUCAGGAAACAGGCUUGUUUGAAGAAAACGGUGUUUUUUCUCCUCCUGAUCAGAGUUACAAGUGUUCAGAUAUGGAGACAAGCCUGCCAUUUCCAUCAAAAAUGGUGCUUCCUACGAAGACAUCAAGACCAGAGGGUAUGAAGAAGGUUGCAGUCAUGCCAAUGGAAAAGGAGGAGACAUCAUUAAGAUCCAGCCAGCUGUACUCCAGAUUGCUCGAUGAAGCUGAGAAAAUUAAAAUGUGGAAGUUCAGAAUAGAUUCUGAGAUUUCACAAAAAGACAGGAAGCUUCAGGAGAACAGAAAAACCAUUGAGACGCAGCGCAAAGCCAUUCAGGAGCUUCAGUUUGCAAAUGAAACUCUGAGCAUGAAAUUAGAGGAUCAACUCAAUGAGAAUGAAGAUCUUAGAAAUAAAAGUAAUGCAACCAGAAAUUUGUGUAACAUACUAAAGGACACAUUUGAGAGAUCUGCUGAGAAAAUGAAUCUGUUUGAGGCUGAACGGGAAGAAACUCAUGAUCUGUUUAUACAGAACAGUGAGAAUAUUCAGAGGAUGGUGGCGGCAUUUGAAAGUCUUCGGAAGCAGGCAGAGGCUGAUCAGCAGGAAAUGUUGAAAUUAAGAGAAUGCCUUACAGAGUUUAAGGAUCUUAAAGUGAAGUUCAAGAGUGAAUGCCAUGUGAAGGAGAAAGAGGUUGCCAUGCUCCAAGAAAAACUCAGAGAAAAAGAAAACAAUCUAAAAGAUUUUUCAGUAAAACUCCAAGAGGCAAAGCAAAGCUGCAUUCUGCUAGAGGAGUCUGCAAUGAAACAUCAGAAAUUACUUCAGAGUGUUACACAGGACCGGGAGGCGCUUGAGGAAAAACUCAGGGUGACGGAGCAACUCAAAUGGGAGAUUGAGGAAAACCAGAGAGCCUUAACUGACAAACUGGAGCAAAGCAAGGAGAACCAUGAGAAAGUUCUUCAAAAGAAAGACACUGAACUAGAGGAACUAAACAACAUCAAAGAGCAACAGUCAAACCAACUUGCAGAGAUGCAGCUGACAGUGAAUUCUUUGCAGUCCUCACUAACAUCUGAGAUACAGAGGGUACAAGACCUUAAGACAAAGAUAAAUUCAGUGGUGAAUGAACUCAGUGACAAAAGUGCAGAAUUGGAACUUAUUAAGGGGCUGAAAGAGGACAAUAGCAAGCAAAUACAGAUACUCAGAGAUGAGCUGGAUGAGAAGUCAAAUUCACUCUGCUCUAUAAAGGAGGAAUUAAAGACAAGUGAAGUUCAGAUGCUCCAGCUUAUUGCUUCACUUGAAGAGAAACAAAGUGAGACAAAUAAUUUGAAGGAUGCUGUGGAGAAUGUCACAACAGAAAAUAAAAACAUGAAGGAGGCCCUGACAAAAGCUAGAAACGACAAUGAAGAGCUGCAAGAAGAAGUUGUUUUAAAAGAGGCUAAAUUGAAAGAGAUGGAGGAACAAUUGUCAGGAGCUUUGGAGAGCAGUUGUAAUUCAUCUAAAGAGGUAGAACGAUUGGAGAGGGACAUAAAGCAACAGAAGGAGAAUUACAAGGAGCUGAUGUUGAAGUUUAAUGACCUGCAGAUUCAGAAAGACGUCAUUCAACAACAGGUUGAUAGUGGUGCUUUAGAGAAGAAAGUCCUUCAGUCUCAUUUAAUGGAAAGCAAUGCAAAUGCAGAACGGGAGAAGACAGAAAUAGAUAGACUUGAGAGAGAGAAGCAACAGCUUCAGGAACAGGUGGAUAUUUUAACUGCACAAAUUGCUGUUCAGGAUGAAGAGAGAAAGAAUGUUCAGGAGCAGUUAAGAGAAAGUGGCAAAGGCGCAAAGAAAGAACUUCUGAUGAAAGACAAAAAAAUAAAAGCAUUUGAGUCAAAGAUGAGUAAACUGAAGGAAGAUUCAGAUGAUUUAAAGAAACGUCACAUAGAGGAGCUUCAGAAAAUACGCUCUGACCUUGAAGGCAUGUCAACAGCAGAGGAACAACUCAAACUUGAGGUGCAAAACCUGAAGCAAACCGCCAUGGAGGCACUGAAGAGUAAAGACGACACAGAAAUGAAAUGCCAGCAGAAGAUAUCAGACAUGGUUGCUUUGAUGGAGAGGCACAAGCAUGAGUAUGACAAAAUGGUAGAAGAAAAAGAUGCAGAACUGAGUGAAAAACGGAUGAGAGAAGCUGAAGUCAACGCAAGCAAAGCAUCACUGGAACUGGAGCUGUCCCACCUGCAAGUGGAAAAUGAUGAGCUGAGACAACAAUUUGAAAAGCUCAAAGGAGAAAAGGUGACCUUGAGGACACCAGUUUCAUCUCUUGAAAAAGACACACUUUAUCAGAUAACUGAAAUCAAACCAAAGAAGAGAAGAAACAAGAUCUCUAAAACUCAGAAAGCUGUGACCACUAAGAAGCCUCUGUAUGAGGAAGAAAAUGAAACUCCAUCAACAAAUGCAUCCUACACUUCUGCUGGAGAAGUGAAUGAAGUCCUUCAUACACCAUUAUGGAGCCUGGGCAAAAAAUCUGGAACAACACCUCAAAUAAAGUCAUUCAGAAUCCGCACACCACCCUCACCUAAGGUUACAGGGUCUUGGAAGAAAAAUAUUCUGAAGCUGGACCCAAAGUCAGACAACUCCGACAGCAACGACAUACUGAGUUUCUCUCCAAGACCUGUUAAAUCAAAGAAACCUAUGCAGCCAAAAGACCCAGACACAGGGAGUUUGGACAUGUUCAAGGUGCAGAGUUCUUUCGUGUGCAAGUCUCCAGGAGCAGCGCUGAAACUGGCUGCAAUGAAGAGAAUGCGAGAUGCUGGAUGGACCACCGUUAGCAGUUCAGAUAAGAAGAAAAAAAAAGUAACAGACAAGAUCUUUGCUUGAAACUGUUUACAUCAAAAAUGUGAUUUUAUCCUUUUUUUAAAAAAAAAAAAAUGUGCAUAUGAUUGCUUUUGAUUGAUUACAAUUUCUACUGAACAAGCAGAAAUAUUUAUAUUAUUUAUUCUUAGUUCUCAGUACUCAAUUUACAUAAUAGUAUUAUUCAGUUAAUAUACAGUACCUUACAAUGUUUAUCAAAAAUCUUGUUCCUGGUAUAGUUGUUGCGGUUACAAAUCUUUGUAUUUACAUUUAUAUUUGUGUUUUUUUCUGUUAUGUUCAGUAAUUUCACUAGUUCAAAAGAUUUAUUUAGCAGUUUAAAAACAGCCUUUUUUCAUAGAAGCUUCAAGUAAAAGUAACAUUUUCAGCUCAAAAAGUGUUGUUGUUUUUUUGUUUGUUUGUUUUUUUAAUAAAAAGAGGUUUGUUUCUGAGA